AUUUUUUUAAUGACAGUAAUGAAACUGAUACGUUGCUAUUUUUAUCGCCCAACCCUAUCAAGUACCAUUCUGAGGUCAUCAAGUACCAUUCUGAAGUCAUCAAGUACCAUUCUGAGGUCAUCAAGUUCCAUUCUGAGGUCAUCAAGUACCAUUCUGAAGUCAUCAAGUUCCAUUCUGAGGUCAAGUUCCAUUCUAAAGUCAUCAAGUACCAUUCUGAAGUCAUCAUGUACCAUUCUGAGGUCAUCAAGUACCAUUCUGAAGUCAUCAAGUACCAUUCUGAAGUCAUCAAGUUCCAUUCUGAAGUCAUCAAGUUCCAUUCUGAGGUCAAGUUCCAUUCUAAAGUCAUCAAGUACCAUUCUGAAGUCAUCAAGUUCCAUUCUGAGGUCAUCAAGUACCAUUCUGAAGUCAUCAAGUUCCAUUCUGAGGUCAUCAAGUACCAUUCUGAAGUCAUCAAGUUCCAUUCUGAGGUCAUCAAGUGCCAUUCUGAAGUCAUCACGUACCAUUCUGAAGUCAUCAAGUACCAUUCUGAAGUCACAAAGUACCAUGCUGAAGUCAUCAAGUGCCAUUCUGAAGUCAUCAAGUACCAUUCUGAAGUCAUCAAGUACCAUUCUGAAGUCAUCAAGUUCCAUUCUGAAGUCAUCAAGUACCAUUCUAAAGUCAUCAAGUACCAUUCUGAAGUCACAAAGUACCAUUCUGAAGUCAUCAAGUUCCAUUCUGAAGUCAUCAAGUACCAUUCUGAAGUCAUCAAGUACCAUUCUGAGGUCAUCAAGUACCAUUCUGAAGUCAUCAAGUACCAUUCUGAGGUCAUCAAGUACCAUUCUGAAGUCAUCAAGUACCAUUCUGAGGUCAUCAAGUACCAUUCUGAGGUCAUCAAGUACCAUUCUGAAGUCAUCAAGUACCAUUCUGAGGUCACCAAUUACCAUUCUGAGGUCAUCAAGUACCAUUCUGAAGUCAUCAAGCACCAUUCUGAAGUCAUCAAGUACCAUUCUAAGGUCAUCAAGUUCCAUUCUGAAGUCAUCAAGUACCAUUCUGAAGUCACCAUGUACCAUUCUGAGGUCACCAUGUACCAUUCUGAGGUCAUCACGUACCAUUCUGAAGUCAUCAAGUACCAUUCUGAAGUCAUCAAGUACCAUUCUGAGGUCAUCAAGUACCAUUCUGAGGUCAUCAAGUACCAUUCUGAAGUCAUCAAGUACCAUUCUGAGGUCAUCAAGUACCAUUCUGAAGUCAUCAAGUACCAUUCUGAAGUCAUCAAGUACCAUUCUGAGGUCACCAAUUACCAUUCUGAGGUCAUCAAGUACCAUUCUGAGGUCAUCAAGUACUAGAGUUGGGCAGUAUCCAAAUUUUGUUACCGUUAAACCCUUCCCACAUUUUCCCAGGGUACAUGGUAUUACCGUGACUAAUUAAAAAUCACUUUAAAGGGCUCAGAGGGAGUCGCCAAAAUGUCGGCUUGUGCCUAUACCAUUCAGAAACAUAAUAACAAACAUUACAUAGGCCUAAGAAUACUGAAAAAAUAACAACAAAACAUGUACAACAUUAACAACUUUUAUUAAUAAAUAUUAAAA